AACACAUGUAGAUGCAAAAAUCCUACGUAAACGGUGACGCAAGAUUGUAAUCUGUAGACCUUUAUCCUUCGCAUAUCUCAACGUCUUCUAAGACAAUGGCUAGAUGAUAGAUUUAACCAAUCUCCUGACUUCCUUUUGUGUUGGUAUAAAGGACACCUAGAUAGCAAGGGACUUGGCAGAUAUAACAAUGUCCUUUGAUACACAUAAUAGCAUUGUCACCGGUGUAAAUGUGUCUAGGUACAUAAGCUAAGCAAGAGAAGUCUUUGCUGGAGUAGAUCACCAGCACGACACUCGAUAACAUGGACCCGCACAGCAGAAUAGAUAAGAGGGAAUUGCCGUACUUGCAGCUUAAAUGCUUGAGAGAGGAAGAAGGGGAAAAGGCGAGGCAAUGUGAUAUUUGUGACGCUCAAUAUCGACUUCACUGCACCCAUCUCUCAUUUGCUCAGUGUGCUGAGUUGAAACCUGCAAGAUACAAGGUUGAAGCUGACGGAGAUUGCGAUUCCAUCUGUGUUUACGAGUGUGGACAUGCCUAUAACAAUAGACGCCGCGUAAGAGGCAGAUUCCAUGGGAAAAGAAAGUAUCGGAAAGGGACUUGUAUCGAAUGCUAUCGUGCGCUGAUAUUCGAUGGAAGGGUAGGCCGAACAGGUAAGCCGAGGAGUGCUAAAAUAUCUCGUAAGGGGAGCGGUGAGGAUAUCAACAAGCCAAUUCGGAAGCAGAGUAAGGCUACUCAGAAGAAAGUACUAAAGAGAUGGAUCCGUAGAGGCCCGAUGAGAGGCAAUAUUGAGCAGAGUGGAGAGAAGAUUGAACUAUUCUAAGAUAGCGAGUUCUCUCAUUGCGGACCUUCCCAAGGUUCGGAAUGUGUUAUUUGCAGGAGGAUAUAUUGAGCUGAUUGGAAAUGUUAGUUUAUUCUUG